AUGAAGUUUUCCCUUUUAAUCUGUAUAGUAUCCGUCUUCAUUCAAAAGAAGUAUGUCUCUGCUUUUGAAAGGGACCAGGUUUUGUCUGCUCUUCCACAUACAGAUACAGAAGUUGAGGUCCUCCAGAAUUUGACCAACACUUUUAAGAUUGUUCUUUGGCAACCUCCUUCACCCAAGAACAUAAUGAAGGAUGAAGACGUCCAUUUCUACGUAAACAUAUCUGAUGUAACAGAUGUGAAAACAGAACUAAACCACUAUACGAUUCAAUACAGAGUUUUGCUAGAAGAUGUUCACAGGCUUAUUCAGACGCAAACAGUCAAUGACACGGUUAUCCCUCGUACUUCUGUAUCGUACUAUGAACAGUAUCAUUCUCUGAAAGAAAUAUACCGCUGGAUGGAACACAUUGUUUCAAGACACAGCAAUCUCCUCCAAAAAAUAUACAUCGGGGCUUCCUAUGAAAAACGGCCACUUUAUAUCCUGAAGAUCUCCAAUAAAGAUGCAACACAGAAAAACGCCAUAUGGAUAGACUGCGGUAUCCAUGCUAGGGAAUGGAUUGCGCCCACUUUUUGUCUCUGGUUUGUGGGACAUACUUUGUUUUACGGGGUGGUUUGCCAGUAUCGAGUAAUGGCAAGACUUCUGCAGCAGUUUGACUUCUAUGUCAUGCCAGUCCUAAAUGUGGAUGGCUAUGAAUACACAUGGACUACAAAUCGUAUGUGGAGAAAAAGCCGCUCACUGCACGGCAACAAUAGCUGCUUUGGUACAGACCUGAACAGAAAUUUUGAUGCAGGCUGGUGUGGUGAAGGUGCAUCUGAGAAUCCCUGUGAUGACACCUACUGUGGACCUUAUCCUGAGUCUGAACCAGAAGUGAAAGCCGUGGUCAGCUUUCUCAGAAGGCACCAGGAUCAUAUAAAAGCAUACAUAACAAUGCAUUCAUAUUCACAGAUGGUGCUGUUUCCAUAUUCCUAUACCUUCAAUAGAAGUAAAGAUCACGAUGAACUGUUUUUGGUGGCAAAUAAAGUAGCCAGUGCUAUCAGAGAGAACCACUGGAACCGUUAUCGAGCUGGCCCUUCAGCAAAAACAAUAUAUUUAGCCCCAGGAGGUUCAGAUGACUGGGCUUAUGACCUUGGGAUUAAGUACUCUUUCACUUUUGAACUUCAGGACCGAGGAACAUACGGAUUCUUGCUGCCUCAGAGUCUCAUUAAACCAACGUGUUCUGAAGCACUCACCGGGAUCAAAACAAUAGCUUCCCAUAUCUUAAAUAAUCUGUGA